GUAGCUUAUUUGUGGUGUCGGAGAGCUACUUAACAGGAUCAACAGGACAAGUACUGGAGGAGACGAUUUACCUACUUACUAGCUAGCCCUUGGUGCGCCUGAAUCGUCGAGUCGCAAAUCGAUGGUUUAACUAUACGAUUUGAUGCCAUGCUGACUAAGUGCAGUAUCUCAAACUCCGCGAUGCCCUUGCCGCUGGGAACGUCUGUGCACUCGACCUUUUUUCAUUCCCAAAGCACCACACCACAGAAACACAGCAUGGCUCGUCGGGCAGCACCAGCAAACGCAACACCUGCAUUCUUCGCAGCGCCUGCACGCCGUCAAAUCGUUGAUCCAAACGAGUCUGCUUUAUCCCGCUUCAUUCGAGAGCAAAUCACUGCUCCAGAAAAAUUACCCGGAAACAUCAGCAUCGUGACGGGAAUGAGUGUGUUCGUAGCUGGCAUAUUUGUCGCUAGGACAUGGGGAGACAUGUUGGUACCUGCGUGAGCGAGGCAGAAACAAAUAGCAGGAUGAGUUUGGCGGUGUUCUCCUGCGGUGGCCGUCACUACCCCAAAAAUGGCUUGAAAGCUGUUGACACAUCACGUUG